CGAUCUCUCCGACUCGGGACUUGAGGGUCCCAUUCCGGCUGCCCUCGCCACCAUGCGACUCACGUACCUCGACCUGAGUCUGAACCGGCUGACGGGAACCAUUCCGGCCUUCAUUGGCAUGAUGAAGAGCCUCGUGUACCUCAACCUGGCAGCGACGGGCGAGGAGGGGCUUAACGGGCUGCUGCCGCGCAGCAUUGGCAACCUCGUCAACCUCAGGGAGCUGUACCUGCACAAGAACCGGCUCACUGGGCGAGUCAACUCCAUCGGCAAACUCACCAAGCUGCAGCGCCUGCUGUUGGGAGACAACUACUUCCGCCAGGUCUUCCCCACCAACUUCAAGGCCCUCCGCAACCUCGACUACCUGAGCAUGCGCUACAACUCCUUCUCCGGGGACAUGCCUGCCUUCAUCGCCAACCUCACCAAGCUCAGCUUCCUCUCCCUGAACGACAACCUGCUCUCCGGAAACGUCCCUGCCACCUACAAGAACCUCAAGAACCUGCAGACGCUGAACCUGCAGAACAACCGCUUGAGCGGCUACCUGCCUGACUUUACUUCUCAGAGCAAGCUCAAGUCCAUUGAUGUGAGUGGCAACUACAUCACAGGCCCACUGCCCAGGUUUGCCGCCACGCCAGAAUCCGCCAAUUUCAACAGCAACUACUUUUUCGGUUCUUCCGUUCCUGUCACCACCGGCGGCAAGACUGUGUGCUCUGCAGACAUUGGCAACAACUGCCUCACCAUCCCCUCCACCUAUAGCUGUGGCGCCAAGCCCAAGCAGAGGGUCGCCAAGUCGUGCCAGCAAUUCUGCAAGACUUCUGGGAACUCCCAGUGCGGUGGAAAGGGGUAUUGCACGGUGGAAGUGAGGCACAACAAGGUUUCGCCCAUCUGCAUGUGUAGCGCGGGGUACAAGCAGUCUCCGGACAGGCAAACUUGUGUCAAGGCGUAA